AUGCCUCCGCGCAAAUCUACGUCCUCCGUGACGCCCGCAGACCCAGAUGAAUCAAUCCAGCUCUCGCCGCAAGCGCAGACAAGCUCUGACAAGCCCAUCACCGCAACAGAGCAGCAGUUGAAGGCGCGGGCAGAGGCUGGCGUUAGCGUUGAAGACUAUCUCCUCCCCCGCUCCCUAACAAUUCGACUGGCGAAAUCCGUCCUCCCACCCAACACAACCAUCCAAAAAGACGCUGUUCUCGCGAUCCAAAAAGCCGCCACUGUAUUCGUGUCAUAUCUCUCCUCACACGCCAACGAAUCAACCCUAAAACGCACCGUCGCACCCGCAGACGUCUUCGCCGCCCUCUCAGAACUCGAAUUCGACUCCUUCCGCACCCGCCUAGAAGCCGAGCUCGAAGCGUACACGGAUAUCAAGGCCGGAAAGCGCAAGGCGAAGAAACCCGAAGAAGGGGACACUGCCUCUGCCGGUGCCGGAGCUGGAGCUGCUGCCGGUACUGGUUCUUCGGCGGCGGCGCGGGACGAGGAUGAUGAUGUUGAGAUGACUGAUAACCCUGCGAAGAGGGUGAAGAGGGAUUCUGAGGGGAAGAAUGGGGGAGAUGUUGAUGGGGAUGAGACACAGGAUGAGGAGGAGCAUGAGCAUGAAGAUGAGGAGGAGGAAGAGGAAGAGGAGGAUGAGGAUGAGGAGGAUGGGGAGGAGGAGAAGGGGCAUGAGGAGGAUAUUGAUCGGGUUGAGGAUUUGGAUGGGGAGCGUCGUCAUGUUGAUCCUGAUGAUGAGGAGUCGGAGGAUGAUGAUGGUCCUGGGAGUCAGUUGCAUAAUGAUUUGGGAUUGGGCUAA